UACUUCCUCUCCACAUAACGUCUCCCGAUGCGCGAUCGAAAGAGCACCGAAGGGAGGGAGUGACGCAGGGCGAAAGGGAGAGAGGGAAUAAUCGAGAGAACAAAGCAUCGGCUUCGCGGACCUGUGCUAUUUUCUCGCGUCACCGUGUACUCAAUUCCAUCAUGGCCGAUGUAUCACCAAAUGUGAUGACGUGUAACCUUGUCUAUCCGUUUAUUUAACCAUUCAUACGUGCUCGCUUUCAAUGUUUACAUGACUGCAUUGUUGUUUUAAUGUUACUUGUUCGAAUAUUAUUUGUUCGGUACUUUUUAAAACUAUUUACAAUAUAUUCCUCUAUUUCAAUUUUCGUAAUGUCUUUUUAACGAAAUGCGUUCGUUAUAUUGGGUGCAUGUAAAAGCAUAUCUGAUUGCACAAUGCCCCAGAGCCGUUCCAUUCUACGCACGCUGCCCCAAUAACAUGUGAGACACUAGAAUUCCUCUAGAAACCGCGAAUGCUCAGACAUGCUCUCUUCGAUAUAUAUACAAGAGAGAGAAAGUUAUAUAGUGUGAGAGAGAUAUGUUGAACCUUAAGAGAAUCGGCGCCAUUACGACAUGCGCGUCUUGCAAAAGCAUCCAACAACGGUACGUCGGCGAGGCUGACCGGUCAGUCGCACACGCCAUUCCGUGAAAGUCGAAAAACGCAUCCGCAGUGCGUUCGUUUAUGCGUGUUCACAAUAGUUUUUUUUUUUUUUUCUAUUAAGCCGUGCAACCACCCGCAACGACUUGCUGGCACGGAAUAAUCGUCUAUUCGACACAGCACCCUCCUCGGUGCGUCUAAAGGAGGAGAGGUGCACGGGUAACCUAACCUCUUCUCUUUCUCUCUCUCCCUCACUCGUUUUCUACUCCUUCCCUACCUACGGAUGGAUCAAGGGCGAGAGUCAUCGGUAUGUCCCACUUCGUCUGCCGCGAUGUCUGCUUCGUAUGUUCUCUCCCGAUAUUUCGCGUUCCCCUCCCCGGGGAGUUCCCGGUAUGUCGAGGAUCGUCUCCCUUCUUUCUUGACAUACCCCUACCCUUUCGAGCUUGCGGCACACGCUUACGCACCUACACACCGUUCUAUCGUUCCUUCCCGUCCUAUUCUCGCGAUAUUCCGUGUGUUAGUGAGAAAGAGAGUGAGUCUCGGGCUCUAUUUCGCGGUGGGUUCCCGUUUUCCCACCUAUGGGUUCCCCCCUACCCUUGUCAAGAGCUCCUACCCCCUACCCCCGUGGGGGCACCAUGGUGGAGUGGGGUGCAAUCCUGGGCCACUUCGACGACUAUCCUCCCUGCUCCCAGAUCCCUUUGAGGUGGGGAAGGGGGUGAAGUGGGGGAUCUCUCACCCCACCCCCACAUACCAACACAUGAUCAAGAAAUCUGAAGUUAAGACUUUGAAAGUAAAGCAACAUGAUCGUGUUCAAACAUGAUGUAUUUACUUUACUUCGGAACAUAUCUACUGAAGAAACAUUAAGGAAUUAAAGAGUAUCUCUAAGUAAAUUCUAUGAAAACACCGAAUCUCUUUUGAAAUUAUUUGAAGUAUCGAAGAUCGAUGCACUUCGACAGCAAUACUCAUGCAUCAAAAUUUAAUUAACACAGAAGAUGAAUUUCACGCCUUUUCCCGGCUUUACGACAGGCUCGCUACCGACGGGCACCGUUCAUCAAUUUGCAACUGCAAAAUUCGCGCAAAACCUACCUACUGGCGGUCAGGUGGUUGGUGUUUUAUCUGGCGGCGAAGGUGGAGUUCAUUAUCUGAGGCCGGUCGAUCCGAACGGGUUCGCAGUGGCUCAAGGGGGUAAUAAUCAACAGCAGCAAAUUAUUACGCUGCCAAUUACUGUACCUGGAAAAGAUGGUACGCAACAGCAACAAACCGUCCAGAUCCAGGUGGUUAAUCCCAGCGUUUCGCAAAGUGGAAACAGCGGUGAUCAGCCAAAGUAUCAUUUGGCUCCUAUAUCUUUGGGACAAUUUCCCCAAGGUGCUGCAACAGUUCUUACUGUUGCGUACAGUCAACAAGGUGCAGAUGGGGUACAGAUUCAAGUGCAACCACAAAACACAGUGGCGACGACACAAACAUCUGAUCAAACAACUCAAAGUACAUCCACAGCAGUUACUACUACAUCCCAACAAACUAUUCAACAAACAGUACAACUUCCGGGAGCACCUGAAGGACUAACUGUAGUUGCACAGAUUCCACAAGAUUUGAUUUUACGUGAGAGCAUGGAAGAAUCAAAAGAAGAUGUGAAGGAAGGUACAACACCAGUUGCUCUCAUUAAAAGAGGUAGUAUUAAAAAUCAAGGAAAUCAAAGUGGAGAAGAAUAUAUUACAUCUAUGCCUGCAAGUUGGCAAAGUCUUGCAACUCCAGGAUCAACUGUUGCUGAUUAUCUCUCUAGAUUACCUGCUAGUACUUUGCCUCUUAGUUUACAGCAUUUCUUGAAAUUUUCGGCAGAAACUAUUAAGAGAGAAGCUACUAUUGAAUCAAGUCCUCUAGGAGCUGAUGGCUUAGAUGCAUCUGGAAGUACUGCAUCUGGUGAGCAAGCAGUACAGAUUACCGUAGCAAGCGGAGAAACUGCUAUUAUUCCUGACGUUGUUGAAGAACAGGAACCUGGUACUAAACCUAAAAGAAAAAAGAAAUAUAAGAAGAAGCCUCCAAAACCAAAAAAACCAAAGCCAGGUCAAGUGAGCAUAGUUACUGCUCUUGAUGGUACAACAUUAUUUUGUUGUCCCCAAUGUAACAUGGCUUAUCCUGAGAAAGAACUUCUGGAACAACAUCUUAUUGGGCAUAAAAUAGAAAGAAGGUUUAUUUGUGACAUUUGUGGUGCAGGUUUAAAACGGAAAGAACAUUUAGAACGGCAUAAAUUGGGUCACAAUCCAGAUAGACCUUUUAUUUGUUCAGUUUGUAUGAAAGGUUUCAAACGAAAGGAACACUUGAAUCUUCAUUUCGUUAUACAUUCUGGACAAAAAACUGAAGUUUGUACUGAAUGCGGUAAAGCAUUUUAUCGUAAAGAUCACUUGAGAAAACAUGCUAGAUCUCAUUUGGCAAAACGUAUUAAAGAAGAUCCUUCGAAUAUUGCUGAUACUUCCCAAAAUUCACAACAGCAAACGGACCAACAACAGCAACAAGCAGAACAAUUACAGCAACAAGCAGAUCAAUUACAACAACAAUCAUCAGUAUCUGAAUUGCAACAAAUUCAAAUACAAGUAGGCCAAGGAUCUCAGGCACAAAUUCAUCAAAUAGCUGUUAGUGAACAGUCUACAGUUGUUCUUCCAACUGCUGCUGAAACUGGUGCAAUGGCUAUGCUUCAUCAUCAACAGCAACAACAGCAGCAGCAGCAACAGCAGCAGCAGCAGCAGCAGCAGCAACAGCAGCAGCAGCAACAGCAGCAACAGCAGCAGCAACAACAACAACAGCAGCAUUAGCAACAGCAUACCGCCCCGAAUCAACCUGGGCGGUUCUUCCGAUUCAAUCAUCAGCAAGCCAGAGGUCGUGCAAGACGGUUUGCAAUGAAUUUCCCGCCGUUCGGAAGCCAUUUUCCCGGUACUAUUCCGAGUAUUCACCAGUUCGCAACCGACGGCUCCGGCGGUGCAGGCGGACGUUACGCCAAUCAUUUUCCCAACCAGCCUCCAAUUGGAGUGCCGGUUAUGGGAAAGUACCGUCCUGAAAGUAACGGCGUUCAAUCUGCUCAGUCACAAGUAAUGAUGAACAAUAAAGCAAAUUAUCCCAACAGCAAUGUUCAUCAUUAUCCAAAUGUACCAUAUUCCCAAGCUCAACCAGUUCAACAGCGGCCCUCUAAUUCGCCUGGAAUGCCAGAGAAACGGUCGUAUCAUCAACAAGCAACAGAAACAAUAAAUCAACAAGAUGUUUGCAAUCUCCUACAGGAUAAAGAUAAAACUAAGGAGAAGAAAGCAGACGAGCAACAACGCAAUGGAGAAACAACAACAAAUGGUAGUCAACAAGAUUAUACAAUGCAUCAACAUCAUCAACAGCAUGCUCAUACUCAAACUCCUGCAACUAUGCCUGCUACAUGGCAAUCUUUGGCUACUCCUGGAUCUACAGUGGCAGAUUAUCUCAGUCAUUUACCAGCUAGUACUUUACCAUUAAGUUUACAUCAUUUCUUAAAAUAUUCUGCUGAAAGUAUUAAAAAAGAAUCAGAAAUGGCACAAACUACUUCAGUAGCUGUAGCAACUACGACAACACCUAAUAUAAUGAUGUCUCCAAAUAAUAAAAAGAAAAAAAAGAAGAAGGCUCCUAAAGAAAAAAAGCCACGACCAAAACCUGGAGAAAUUCGUUUAACUACAGCUUUAGAUGGUUCUACAUUAUAUUGCUGCCCAGAGUGUCAUAUGGCAUAUCCAGAACGUGAAUUAUUGGAGCAACAUCUUCUAGGACAUACUUUAGAACGAAGAUUUGUUUGCGAUAUUUGUGGUGCAGGUCUCAAAAGAAAAGAUCAUCUUACACGUCACAAACAGAGUCAUAAUCCUGAACGUCCAUAUGUUUGUACUGUUUGUUUAAAAGCUUUCAAAAGAAAAGAGCAGUUAACAUUACAUUUUGUUAUACAUUCGGGUGAGAAACGACAUGUAUGCACAGAAUGUGGCAAAGGCUUUUAUCGUAAAGAUCAUUUAAGAAAGCAUACCAGAAGUCAUAUCGCAAGAAGGGUAAAAGCUGAACUCAGUCAAAAUGCUGGUACACAGCAAAAUCAACAACAAAAUAAUGUUUCAAAUAUGCAAACCACAGCUGUUACAGCAUCAUCUGUUCUUUCUGGUGGACAUCCAGGACCUCUCCUAUCCUGAGCCCCGCCACCAGGGAACUUUCAAGUUCCCCAUCCAAAUAAUAUUCUUCAUUCACAUACUUCUCAUCAUUCUUUGCAUCAUCAUCAUUUGACAGCAGUUAACGCGGCGCAUCAAUCAAGUGUCACGCCACUUGCUACAUCCAGCCACUAUCAAACGCAUGAUCUCAGUUUUUUGGGACACGUUAAAGAUUUCUGAGAGCAGGGGAAAACCUCAAUUAAGAGGUAACAAAACUGACAAAUUAUGUGAAGCACUCUUAGUUAAGAGUUGAUUCAAUCGCUUUUUUUAAUUUUGAUUUUAGUAAGUUUUUUACAAUAACAAACAACUAUCCGUGAUUCUGUUGACUCUCUAUGUCCUAGUACAAUAGUGCAAAAACUGUGACAAUUAUGUAAAUUUUUCAAUAAAAUGCACAGUUUUUAUUAUCUGUAUAUCAGGUACAUCAGGUUUUUGAAAUAUGUAUGUAUAAAUCUUGUCUUUAAAAAGUGUGCCAUAUAUGUAUGUACAUGAUUUAAAAAGAAAAAAUAGAAAAA